GGCGAAUCGCAAACAGAACCGAUCCAACUUCCGACCUAUUCACGACACACAUUUCUAGCCAUUUCCCAACUCCCAGAUCUCGCUGGUAGAAUCCAAACUCAGGCUUCUGUCGCUCGUUCGGGAUGUCCUCGGACUCGGAACCAUCUGCGCAGGUGCUCAAUGGCCUUCCCGACGCGGGGCAGGCCGGCCUUGAAGACGAAUCAACCACGCCGCUCGACGAAGAGUCCAUUCCUGCCUCGUCGCAGCAGAGCAUACCCGCAACCGAGGCUCCCAACUCCCCGGUAGACCCGACAUCGUCGUUUAAGACGGAGCACAAUGAAGACCGCAUAGCGGCCUCGGUUGUUAUUCCCUCGUCGCUCACCCCUCCUCCCUCGUCGCAAGUACCCAGCGCUGCCGUCACAGGUGCCGUCAAUUCCCUCGGCUUCAUCGGCUCGCAACGCUCGGGUAUCUUUUCGCCGCCAGCAACUGGUAUGAACGGCGUCAAGCGAGAGGCUGCCACGGACGACUUUGCUACCCCAACCCCAUCCCAGAUUGCCGAUGCUUCGGUCGAAGAGCUCCGGAGCAUGCUCCAAGGGUGCCUGGCCGAGCACGCAAGACUCAAGAUGGAGGCUGCCCACCACAAACUGCAGUAUAACAUGCUCAGUAUGCGGGCUGAAGAGGACACCAAGCGUGCCGCCGUCGAACACGAGAUGACGAAGAAGGAAGUACAGGCGCUGCAGCAGGCCGAGGGCGCUCGUCAAGCCCGCCUCGACAUCAUCACAGCAUCCGAGUUGACGGAGGCUAAGUACCUGCAGCUCAAGGCUAUGCACGAACGGGUACUCGAAGAGAACGAGGCCCUGCACAAGAAGAUCAGGGCGGCGAGGAAGGUCAUACAACAGAAAGAGGACGAGAUCGCCGCUCUGCUCGACGAUCGGGAGAUGCUGCUCAACCGCAUCCGGGAGAAUCGCGACCACUUCCACCGCCUCUGCCGCCCUGGAGGCAUGUUUCACGGGGCCGUGACGCCCAAGCCCCAAGCCCCAAGCCCUCAGCAGCACCGAGCCACCCCACGACAGACUCCCAAGACAUCGCACCGAGAAACCCACCGGGACGCCCAUCAGGAAGGCUUUGCCGCACUGCUCCAGGCACUCAGCCAGGACAACAAUAGCGCUCCCUCAACUCCGCUGAUCGGCCAACGGCCUGGGCCGCGUGUCCCCCUGAAGCACACACGCAAUGUCCAGUCCAUGUCCUCCCUGCCAUCCACCCCCCUGGCCCGAACCCCCGGGAACAGCCGAGGCCUUCUUCCGUCGAUCGACCUCGUACCCCAAACCGAGCCGCCGCAGCGGCACACCCGGUUCAUACCCGAGACGCCUGCCACUCCCAAAGGCCGUGAGCGGCGCAGGAGUAGGGAGAGCACGAUCUCGGCCGAGGAUAACCAGGAACUCGCGCGCCAGGCAUUGCAAUCCAUUGUCUCGCGCGGUUCACACCAUUCGCAGAGCUCGCGUCGACGUUUGUCAGACGCGGAUGGAGGAGCAGAGAUCUACGAGAGCCAGGCUAGCCAGGCAGCCUCGGAAAUGCUCCGCCGGGACGCCCGCGAGAGCUUUGAAUUGGCCGCCUCGGUCGGAAACUCGAGGGACGGCACACCAGCAGCCGCGGAUCGGAGCGCCAAGCUGCAGGCUAAGCUUUUUGGGGGCUUGAAUAAGAGCGGUCUCUCGGUCCCGGGCAAGCGCAAGUAUAGUGGGCACCACCACGGCGAGCUUGUGGAUGGCUACCCGGCGCAUGACCCCGUCACCAGCCCAACUAAGAAGUUGCGCGAGGUUGGCGGCCUGAGGGAUCCAGGUCGAGUCGGGCUAGGAAUACAGUAUGGCAGGGAGAUAUAGGUUGGCGACCGACGAGGUA